AUGUUGUCAUUUGAGAGUUUCAUCAAAUGGAUCACACCGAACUGGUUAUCAUGGUUACUGUAUGCUAGGAGACUUUCGAAGGGCAAAGUUGGAGAAUUGAUACCCUACUCUCCACCGGCAAACUCUUCCAAUUACCUGGAUUACGACUGUCAAAUGGAGCUCAAACUUAGGGGGAAAAGCUCAUUGCUUACUAGUUUCGUCACCAGUUUGUUUACAAGAAAAUCUGAUGUACACGUAGAAUAUGAAAGUGAGAAGGAGCCAUUCGGCCCCCAAACAUUUGCAUAUGAUGCCGUCAGCAAAUGGUCAAGUGAAAAGUACAAUGAGAUUACAUGCUCAGCAGUGUAUUCUUACACUGAAUGUAGCGUUUUAACGAAAUGGCCACAAGAAGUUCGUGAUCCAUUGCUCAGAGAAAUUUAUUUCAAGUUUACUCCACGGUGGUGGUCAUCGUGGAAAUGGUUCAAGGGAAGAAUCAAGGCUUUCUUCAAAUGGAUCACACCGAGUUGGCUAUCAUGGACAUUAUGGCUUUCGCGGUUUUCAUAUGCGCCCUUAUCCAAUGUUAAAGACUUGGUGUGUAUAAUUGAUUACGACUGUAACUUGGAACUCAAACUUGCUGGCAAAUCCAUUAAACUGGUCGAAUUUUUCUUAUCAUUCGCAGGUGGAAAAGAUCUCCAACUAAAAUAUGAAAAUGAAACAGAACACUUCGAUGCUGUACAGUUUGCAAGAAAUGCCGUCAGCUCGUGGUCAGAAAAGCAUGAACAGAUCAAAAAGCAAAAGAGGUUUGGUUGCUACUACCACAAAAAGGAGUUGAAGCACUCUGUCGCCUGUAUUUUUGCAAACUGA